AUGGAAAUGCAACGAGAGCAACAAGCAUUCGCAGCAGCAUCUUCACUCACAUCCAUAGCUCUCAUAUUACUGCCAAUCCCCACUGCAACAUCGCCGAUACCGACCAGUGAAAACAAUUCGAGCAUUGGAAUUGAAUGCAUUCAAGGAGGAGGAAAGUUUAACGCGCACAAAGUCCGACGUUAUGAACUAUGUGCUGAGAAUCUCUGUGUAACAAAAAUGAAACCACCACCUGAGAAAACCAUCAUAUUUCUCCCAGAAAUCACUCUACACGAGCAAAGAGUUCAAUGGAAGCUUCAACUGCCCGCCUACUUCAUUCUCGGACAUUGUCAACUGCUGGUCUUGUACAGCAAAUAUAUUCAUCCCAGAAUGCACCCCAAGGGCAGCUAUCAUGGCAAUAGCGACCAUUCUGUACAUCCUUACGGCUUUGCUAUACGCACUUUGUUACGUGCCAAUGGCCAAUGGAAAACCCUUCCGACUGAUCUUCGCAGCAUUAUUUACGUUCGCAGCCUACAUAGGAAGACUUCUCUGGAUCGUUUCUUGAAAACUCAGAAGGCACGAUCGGCGCAGACGAAACGACCGUUCCUGCGAGCUCCAUCACCAAGUAUUGCAGUUGCUUCGGUAAUAUCACUAUCAAUGGCUUGCCAACACGUGAACGUAUUUACCCAUAAAGCGACAACGUGCCUUAUGUCUCCGAAUGGAUGA